CAUUCGCCUUCGUACCCAUCUGGUAAAACUCCACUCUCUCUCUCUCUCUCUCUCUCUCUCUCUCUCUACUGUAACACGAUAUACACACCUUCUCUCUAAAAAGCUCUUCCCUUUCCUUCUUUUUCUUGCUUCCCUAACUUCUCCAUUUCCAUUUUCUGAGACCAAGAAAUAGAGAAUCUAAACCUUCUGUGUCUGUCAUGGCUGAUGCAGCCACUAAGCACCUGUCCAUCAAUGGAGGAACCCUCGUUUCUGACCUGAAGAGCCUUUCUUCUCUUCUUAAAACUAGAAGAACUGUGGCGUUUGCUUAUGGGUUUGCUUUUGUUUUCGUUGCUUUCACUGUUUUCUUGGCCUUCAACCCUUCUCCUAACUCAUCUGCUCCUUGGUUUUAUAAUAUCUUUACUUCUAGCUCUGUUGCUACUUCCUCUGCUUCUGAUAGAUCUCACUUCUCUUCUAUUUUCUCUUAUUUCUUUCCCAAUAACUCAUCUCCCCAGAAACAAGCACAUGACUUUUCUACUUUGCCUCCGCAAAACAUCCCCAGAUCUAACACUACCUUAUCUCAGCCUUCUCGUACAAAUGAUGAAGUGAAAGGCCUACCAACUGUACAAAAUCACACUCAAAAUACAGAUGAUUCUGUUCAAACUUCGGUUUUGCAAGCAAAUCAGUCCAGUAAUGUUUCAAUUGUCAGUGAGGUACCAUCCGCUGCAGAAAAUAACGCUCAAAAUAUACAGAAUUCUAAUAAAGAUCAAGCAUUGAAGCCAAAUCAAACCACAGUUUCACCGACAAUAAGGCCUGCACCAGCAAAUCACAGUGCAAAUUCAUCUGCAAACCCAGUUUCGCCAGUUCCAGCAAAUAAAGUUGCAAAUUCAUCCACCAACUCAGUCCCAGCGGCACCGGCAAUUCAGAAAGCAAACUCAUCCACGACUUCUGCCUCUUCGGCGAAAGGAAAUUCUGGAAAGCAAGAGAAAGGAGUCGCAGUGAAGAAAGAAGCAUCAAAUUAUACUGCUUCCCUAUUGAAGAAGGAGAGUAAUGGAUCGAAACAGAAAAAUGGAACUAAUUCAGAGGCGUUGAGUAAGCAGGGGAUCAAGAGCUUGUUGAGUUGCGAUUUGUUUGAUGGUGAAUGGGUGCAUGAUAAUUCGUACCCGCUUUACAAGCCUGGGUCUUGUUCACUGAUUGAUGAGCAAUUCAAUUGUAUUCUUAACGGUAGGCCUGACAAAGACUACCAGAAAUACAAAUGGAAGCCUAAGGGCUGCAGUUUACCAAGGUUGAAUCCUUCCCAUAUGUUGGAUAUGUUGAGGGGAAAGCGACUUGUUUUUGUGGGAGAUUCCCUGAAUAGGAAUAUGUGGGAAUCUCUGGUUUGCAUUCUGAAAGGCUCAGUGAAAGAUCCAAGCAAGGUUUUUGAGGCCAAUGGGAGACAACAUUUUAGAGGCGAAGCUUCAUACUCCUUCAUAUUCAAAGAUUAUAACUGCACUGUAGAGUUCUUUGUAUCUCCUUUCUUAGUUCAAGAAUGGGAAAUGCCUGACAAAAAUGGAAUAAAGAAGGAGACUCUUCGGCUUGAUUUAGUAGGGAGGUCGUCAGACCAAUAUAAAACUGCAGAUAUUAUCAUCUUCAACACUGGGCACUGGUGGACUCAUGAGAAAACUUCUAAAGGGAAAGAUUAUUACCAAGAAGGGAGCCAUGUAUAUGAUGAAUUGAAUGUGCUCGAGGCAUUUCGAAAAGCUUUAACAACCUGGGCCAGAUGGGUUGAUGCCAAUGUAAAUCCAAUGAAGUCUUUGGUCUUCUUCAGAGGAUAUUCUGCUUCACAUUUCAGUGGUGGGCAAUGGAAUUCUGGUGGUGCAUGUGACAGCGAGGUUGAGCCGAUCAAGAAUGCCACAUAUCUAAGGGAAUAUCCACCCAAGAUGUUGGUGCUGGAGAAGGUGCUAAGAGGGAUGAAGACCCAUGUCACUUACUUAAAUGUCACGCAAAUGACAGAUUAUCGAAAGGAUGGUCAUCCUUCUAUCUACAGGAAGCAGAAUCUAUCACCGGAAGAAAGGAGAUCACCACUCCUAUAUCAAGACUGCAGCCAUUGGUGUCUUCCUGGUGUGCCUGAUACCUGGAAUGAGAUUCUUUACUCCGAGCUCUUAAUAUACGAGUACCAAAAUUGGCAUGUUCAGAAGAGACACAGGUAAAUAAAAAGGCACAAAUUUUAGAUACUGCAGUUGAAAUAUGAAGCUAAAAUUACAAGUAUACGCACAAUUUCUUUUCCUUUUUAUUUUUGCCCUCAUCAAUUUUGGGUUAUGGAAAGAAAAACCAAAAUGGGGAAGAUCCAAGAAAUAGCGUUACUCUUCAUCAAUCAUGAGAGAGCAACAAGCAAGAGAUGAGUGAGUAGCAUCUGUGUUAAAAUAACGAAAUCUACUUGCUUAUUACAUGUAUGGAAGAAGAGAAGAGAGUGGAGGCUCUCUCCCUCCCCAUGUUUCUUUAGUUAUUCUUUUUGCUAUAGCCUCAAAUCAAGGCUUAUGAGUAUUGUAAAUCCCAAAUUAUUUAGCUUGUUUUUCUUGAAUAAAGUAGUGAGUUGUAAUUAAAUAUAUAAUUUUGCCUGAUCUGUGAUCAUUGAUAUUGUUGUCUUGAAUGUGAAGCUUUCAAAGCAAAAUGCAUUCUUGAAUA